GAAAAAGAUUUAUGGUGUGAUAUAAAAGGUGUUUGCCUCAACCUCCUUGUUUCUCCUCAGCACUGCUUUCGGCAUUCACCACCCCAAGUUUCUGACUCAGAAGAAGCCAUCUUCAUUCUUCACUAUUAUUCUCCUGCCUCUGAUUCCCGCUCGCUCUCUACUCUCUAGAUUUUUUUCCAAUUCAAUCCAGAUAUGGGUAUUGGGUACUUCCAAAGAUUAUAGCUUUGGUAUCCGAUCCUGUUUUUGAUUUCGAUCGGAUUCACCUCCCCACACUCCUAAAUCUGAAUCUCCCUUUUUUUAUUUGCUUUUUGCUUCGUUGUGAUUUUGAUUCCAAUUCUUUUUUUUUUCCUUUUUCUUCUUUUAAAAGAGAGCAGAGGGAUUAAUUGGCCAUGGAUGAAGCUAAUAAUAAUAAUAAGAACAGCAACAGUGGCAGCAGGUUCAGGAACAUGGGUGUGGAUGAUGACAGUGAUGCACACAAGGUUUUUGAUGAAAUGAAUGAUCCAACCUUCUUUCAGAGGGCUCAAUGGAAGCCAGUUUUUGAUGAAGCUUCCGUCUUACAUAACAGACCUCUCAAGAAGAUUCGAAGCCCUCAACGUUCUUCUUCCCUUCAACAACCUCUUCCUUCUCCUUCUUCUUCUUCUUCCUCCUCUGUUCCUCCAUCUUCACAAUCAUCAAGAAUAGUGUUUCCUUUUGCGUUUGAUCCCUCACAACAGAACCCCAUGCAAAUGCAGUUCCCUUACCAAUACGGAACAAGAACAGAUACCCCUUUCAUGCACCCACCAAUGCAACCAACAACGCACAACAACCAAAUGAUUUCUUUCGGUUCUCAAUCUCAUCAUCCGCAACAGCAACAUAACAUGAACAUGGUGAACACAGUGUAUCAACCGCAAAUGCUACAACAACAGAAUCAGCAGCAGAUUCUUCAGUAUUGGAGCGAAGCACUGAACCUAAGUCCAAGAGGGAGAAUGAUGAUGAUGAACAACAGGUUGAGGCCACCGUCUCAGCCGUUGAACACGACGAAGCUUUAUAGAGGUGUGAGGCAACGCCAUUGGGGGAAAUGGGUAGCUGAGAUUCGUCUACCUCGAAACAGAACUCGACUCUGGCUCGGCACCUUCGACACUGCAGAAGAUGCUGCCAUGGCCUAUGAUCGCGAGGCUUUCAAGCUUAGAGGUGAGAAUGCACGCCUCAACUUCCCUGAACUCUUCCUCAACAAAAAGGAUGAUGAUAAUAAUGAUAAGAAUCAAGAAGAAGCACCUUCUGAUGCUCCUACUACUUCAUCUCCUUCCUCUUCUAUUACAACAACAAAGCAAGUUGAAGAGGUUUCUGAAGGUGGGAAUGCGAAUGUGGAGAAGAGUCCAAUAGAAGAGAGUAAUGAGAAUUCAAGAAGUGUGAGUGAAGGGGUUUCUCAAGAACUGGUGUGGGGAGAGAUGUCUGCAUGGUUCAAUGCUAUUCCUUCAGGUUGGGGUCCAGGUAGUCCUGUUUGGGAUGAUUUGGACACUUCCAACAAUAGUUUCCUUUUGCAACCUCAGGUUCCUUUUGGUCUCAACAACUCAAAUCAGCACCAACAACAAGAACAAGAUGGAUUCAAUGAUAAUCAUGAUGCUGCUGAUGUUCAUAUACAACAAGAUUGAGGCCUUUCUUCUGGAAGGAUCAGGAUUCAGAACUCACUUUUUCCCUUUCUCUCCUUCAAACAAUCCUAAUUUGCUUGCUUGGAAUUUCCAUUUUAGUCAUUUGUACAUUAAAAGUGAACCGUCAAGAGUGGAUACUGCUACUGACAUAAAAGCUGAUUAGGCUUUGUACGUGUCAGCAACAAAAUCCUAAUCUUGACGGUACUUUUUGAUGUAUAAAAUCAUGGUUUUAAAUAUUAUUAUCUCCACUGCUAGCUCAACAAAAACUUAGUUUUUGUCCUCUCCCAGGUUGCAGAUAUUUUCAGCAAAACAACCUGUGAACCUUCUUUGAUUAUUAUUUCUUGAUCAUCAUUCUUAUAUACCAUAAACUCAUCCCUUCUAUGAACUUGAAACUCUCAAUCAUGUGUGAUAUAAGGCUCCAUGUUUUUCUGGGCCUUCCACCACCAUUUCUGAUGAUAUUAUCAAUUUUACUUUGA